AAAAAAAAAAAAAAGAUCGUUUAUAUAAACCAACUAAUUUAUCAAUAUGGGUGAUGGAGGCUUCUUUAAGGGUACGAGCUUAGAACAAGAUAGCCGAUUCUCUGAUAAACAAAAAAAAUUAUUAAAGAGUAUGAAUUUUCCUUCAGAGUUUAAUCAGAAGGUUGAUUUGAAAAAAGUGAACCUGACUGUCAUUAGGCCAUGGGUUGCGCAAAAAAUUGUAGAAUUAUUGGGCGGUGAAGAUGAGGUGGUUGUUAAUUACGUGUUUGGAUUAUUAGAAGAGCCUGACUUGGAUCCAAGAAUGAUGCAGAUAAAUCUUACUGGGUUCCUGGAAAAAAACGCCCCAAUUUUUGUUACUGAAUUGUGGAAAUUACUUUUGUCAGCUCAAGAAGGUGAAAAUGGAAUUCCGGCAAUUUUUCUUGAACAAAAAAUGGAACAAAUUCGGAGGAAAAAGGAAGAAGAUGAACGAAUCUUGUUAGAAAUUCGGAAGAGGCGUGAAAAAGAGGAGGAAGAAAGAAUAAGAUUACGAGAUAUUAGAGAACGGGAGCGAAGAGAAGAUCGCGAAAGAAAGGAACGUGAGCAUAAACCAAACCGUAAUCGUAGCCGAAGUAGAGAAGAAGACAGGAAAGAUAGUAGAAGUUCUCGGCGGAGAUACAGUCCUAGUAAAAGUGAAGAAAACAGACGACGACGUUCACAUAAAAGGAGUAAAAGUAGAAGUAGGGAUCGUAGUAGGGAACGUGGUAGGGAACAUAGUAGGGAACGUAGUAGGGAACGUCGAAGGCAUAAGAGUCAUAGACAUAGUAGAAGUAGGAGUAAAGAAAGGCGAAGGCAAGAAGAACGCAGACGACGCCAGAAAACUCCUAGUAGAAGUAGAGAAAGAGAAGAUAUGACUAAACGACGGCGUUUUUCAAAGGAGGAAAUUAAUACAAAAGAAUCUAUAGAUAAAGUCAAUCAUUUAUCUCCAGAAAAAAAUAAUCGUAAAGAUAGUGUUACAGAUUAUGAUUUAAAGAAAAGAACUGUUGAAUCAGUAGAGGAAAAUAAUUCUGCACCAAGUUCACCUCCUCGUAAAAAAGUGGCUGAUGUUCCAAUUUUUAAAUCCAAGUGGAAUGAUGAUGUAGAGGAUGAAGAUGAAGUCGUGGAAAACAAAAAGGUAUAUUAGUAAAAUAAAAUUUCUGUAGAUACGAGAAAUUCAAUAAACCAGUCGUUUCUUCAUUGUUGAUUAGAAUUCUAUUUCCGAUCUUGAACAACUCGAACAACUUCGUAUCAAAGCAUUUGAAUCGAUGAAAAAUCGCAAGUAAUUUUUUUUCUGAUGUUUUUUUACUUCAGAUCAAGGAUUAUAAUUAACCUUAAUUAACCUUAAAAGACAUGAAUAAUUUUAUAAAUUGCAUAUGGUAUCUACAGAUUUAAUAUAAACAUGCAUAAAAUAUAAAUAUAAAU